UAUUGGUUUAAUGGUUUUUCCAGUGUUUUACCUUGGAGUAAAUAAAGUAUUUUAUACAAUUAUACAAAAAUGAUGACCGAUGGUACUGUUCUAAAUAUUGCGUAGUUUAGAAUUUUCUAUAUUCAUUUAAUGAAAACUGCUAUGGCAGCCAGUCUUGAAAUUUGCAUUAAACGUUUUGAUUUAUCCAUUUUCUGAAACUGCACAAUGUGUGGUUUGCUUUAAGUGGCCACUAGUCUGGCUGCUGGGAUGGGGUUUGUGAUAAGUUUCUCCCCUCGCCGCCCAUUUGAUGUUUUCUGCAGUCCACAAGAUGGCGGUGGUGAUUCUGGAAAUGUAUUAUCUGGUGGCUUACCUAUACUUUUUAACUAAUCGAAGCAAAAGGGCAAUGUGUGUAAACGAAGCAAUUUAUGCGAGAUGGUACUGACAAUAUUGCUUUUUAGUUUUGUUUUGGUUUUUUUUUUGGGGGGGGGGUGCACCUGACUCGCGGCUGCGUUCCGUGCAAUGUUUUAACGUUACCUAGCAACCUAAACAUGGAGAACGAUUCAUUUCCACGUAUUCAUGUGGAGAGAACGUUGGCGCUCAUUAAGCCGGAUGCAAUUCAUAGAAGUGAGGAGAUUGAAGACAUAAUUCUGGGAAAGGGCUUCUCUAUUUUGCAGAGAAGGAAACUGCAGAUGACUCCAGAACAGUGCAGUGACUUCUAUGCAGAACAUUAUGGAAAACUCAACUUCCCUCGCUUGACCGCCUACAUGAGCUCUGGGCCAGUUAUUGCCUUGACUCUGGCAAGGGACAACGCAAUAGCCUACUGGAAAUCCAUCAUUGGACCUCCUAAAGUCACAAAAACUAUGCAAUGCCUUCGAGCAAAAUAUGGCACGUCUGAUCUUCAGAACGCUUUGCAUGGCAGCGAGUCAUUUCAUGCUGCUGUCCGAGAGAUUAAAUUCAUGUUCCCCACUGCUGUGAUUGAGCCAUUUCCCACUAAAGAGGAAACCGAAGAAUACCUGAAUCGACACGUGAAACAAACAUUGCUACAAGGACUCACUGAGCUCUGUAAACACAAACCUCUCAACCCCUGUGUAUGGCUAGCCGAUUGGCUCAUCAAAAACAAUCCAAACGGGCCUCAAAUAUGUGAUGGAGUUGUUGUACAGGAAGAAAAAUGACUGCUCAAAGUACACAAGUACAAAACAAUUCCUCACUCGAGCUAGCAUUAAAACAUCAUGGUUGUCAAUAUAUAUAUUGUUUUCCAAACUUUGACUUUUGGGACACUUGAGUCCUAUGUGUAUAAUUUUUGACGGGUGUGUUAAGGCAUAGCAAUUAAAUAACAAACCAUGCAAGAAAUGAAGAUGUAGCAGCCUAAUACUCCAUCCAAAAAUGUAUGAGUGCUCAUGUUGUACUUCCUAACGUGACUGACUUUUUCAGCUCACGCUUUUGCUUGUUCUGACACCCUUUAGAAGUAAGAAAUUGUUUAUUUGUGAAUGUGAUAUUUUGCAUGACAUUGGCCUAUUAAAAAUGAAUGCUGUGAAUAUCAUUCUGAGUUGAUCUUUUCCUUUCGGCUUGUCCCAUUAGGGCUCCCCACAGCGUGUCAUCUUUUUCCAUCUUAGUCGAUGUCAUGCAUCUUCCUCUCUAACACCCACUGUCCUCAUGUCUUCCCUCACAACAUCCAUCAACCUUUUCUUUGGUCUUCCUCUCGUUCUUUUUCCUGGCAGCUCCUUCUACUAACAUACUCACUCUCUCGCCUCUGAACAUGUCCAACCCAUCAAAGUCUGCUCUCUCUCACCUUGUUUCUCUAAUGAGCUCAUUUCUAAUCCUAUCCAACCUGCUCACUCUGAGCGAGAACCUCAAAAUCUUCAUUUCUGCUUCCUGCUGUCUCUUCAGCGCCACCGUCUUUAAUCCGUACAUCAUGGCUGGCAUCGACAUUGUCUUAGAAACUUUGCCCUUCAUCCUAGCGGACUCUCCUCCCACGUAGAACACCAGACACCUUCCGCCAACUGUUCCAGCCCGCUUGGACCUGUAUCUUCACUUCCUUACCACACUCUCCAUUGCUCUGUAUUGCUGACCCCAAGUAUUUGAAGUCGUCCACCCUCGCUAUCUCUUCUCCCUGGAGCUUCACUCUUCCUCCUCCGCCCCUCUCAUUCACGCACAUAUAUUCUGUUUUACUUUGUCUAAUCUUCAUUCCUCUCCUUUCCAGUCCGUGCCUUCAUCAUUCUGAGUUGACAGUUUCGUGUAUUAUUUUGGAUGUUUUCCCCCGUGCCUGUGUGGGUUUUCUUUGUCUACUCCAGUUUCCUCCCACAUCCCCAAAACAAGCAUGCUCGGUAAACUGAAGGCAAACUUGCCCAUAGGUGUGAUUGUGUGCGUGAAUGAUUGGCUGACAAGAAGUUCAGUGUACCCCGCCUGUGGCCCAGAGUCAUGUGAAAGCAGGCACAUCCGCAACCCGAGUGAGGAUAAGCAGUUUGGAAAAUGGAUGCUGUUUGAAGCUAAAUGUGACACAUUUUCAGCGUCAGGCGUGCACUGCAACAAAACACACAAGUCACAUAUGUUUCCAUACCAAUGAUGAAAAGAGGGUUUUAACAAGAAAGUCCUCUAUGUAAGAUGGGAGUAUUUAUCAAUCAUGUUAUCCUGCAGUGAAAAUAGUUGGCAUGGCUGUUCAAAGGACUUUUGGAAAGAAGCAGCCAUGAUCACAUCUCUGUUCGCAAAACUCAGCUGUUCUGUUUUCAGUAAAGCAGACUACGGCAGUAAUCAGAUUUUGCUAAAAAACGUUUCCAUAAAAAAGAGAGAUGUAAUUAUACAUAUAUUGAAAUUGUGCUCUUACAUGUUCUUGAGAAAACCCGUCGUGAGAUGAAA